GUCGUUGCGCCAUCCGAGCAGACGUACCAAGGGGACUACUACGUCCACGGCGGUUCUUCGAGGUGCCCUCGCCAUCAAUCAGCAAAACACGACAGGUCGUCCUAAACUACGAUGUUGUCAGUGACUAAACCAUGUAAUAAACAAGAAAAGGAGGUGUAUCCAUCUAGGUCCGUGUUGCAGUAUAACAAACCAAAGAAAACGGACACGGUCAAAAUUCAACCUCAAGAUUAUGUUUGCAACGCCGAAGAUUAUAGUACUAUUGAAAAUAUUCUGUCACAACCAAAAAAAAAAGUAUUGGUGGACAUCUAGGGAAUAACCGUAGAACGACAUAUUUUGGAAUGUCUCCUACAUGAUAAUAGAUUUUUGGAGGGAGAUGUCUUAAGUGCCUACAUCCAGCUUAUGAGGUCUGAAAAACAUCUCCAAAACAGAGCUGGUGGAACGGUAUUCCUAGAGAAUACGUUCAAUACAAGUAUUCUACAGCGUGAUGGCAAGAUAAAUGAGGAGUACCUCGAUCCUAAGGUAGAUCACAUAGCAAAAAGGGUGUGCAACUAUUUGGAAUAUGACAUGGUAUUUCUUCCGAUCAACAUCAAAGACUUUCACUGGUACCUAGCAGUGGUAGAUGGUAUAAACGAAGAGAUACAUGUGCUCGAUUCAUUAGGUAAAACACAGGAGAAUCGUUGGGAACUUGUCUAUACGAUAAUUGGCCUACAGAGACACAUAGAUAUUGUAGCAAAACAUAAAGAUAUACAAACAAAAUGGAAGAACCUUCAAGUUCAAGAUUGGAAAUUCAAUGAGGAAUUCACAAGUGCCAUGCAAACAGAUGGGUCAUCAUGUGGCUUAUUCAUGCUUAACUACAUGGAAUAUUGGAGAGGAAAAGGAAAAGGUCUAUCAGACAGUGUAACUCAGGGUGAUAUGAAAAACUUUCGAUUCAAACUACUUGCCAUUUUGUUGAACUGCCAACAAAAUGCCCGGAAAUGGUGGUUGGCUUCUGAAACUGAUGAUAAGGAAGAAGAGAGUAUAGAUGAAAUUGAAAUUUUAGAUAGACCACUAAAAAAAAGCAGGGGUGAGAAGUCAUAUGCCUAUGAAGAAGAUUUAAUAUUAUCCAGGGUUUCAAAUUAUAUCAACUCCAUUAGUGAUGCAGCUACUUUAGAGUCCUUUGCAAAGAAGUUAGCUGACAUGUUGCAAAAUGCUAACGCACAUGCUCUUACAUUUCAUGACUUGCCAAUGGGCGAACAAGAAUUAAGAGACCGUGUUUGCAAUUAUAUCAUGACAAUUAACCAAGAUAUUGCUUUAGAGCAAGAAUGGGUUGUAAGUGAAAGCCCUAUCCGAUUGUGUUGAGUCUCAAGAAAAUUCAAAGCAUGUUAAACAAGAACGAGGGAAUUCAUGAUGAUUGUUUUAACCUGGUAGCACGGAAGUUUGCUUUUGAAGAACUUGAAAAGUUGAAGGGAACAAACAAGAAUGUGUCAAAGCAUUACAUGGAUUUAAAGUUUUCGCUUGCGUGUCAACUAAGUAAAGGUGAUGAGUAUCGAACAAAAGUUGAUUAUAACCAACUGGCAAAAUUUGCUCUUGAAUGGCCUUGGAGAAAAUACAAUGUUAAAGAGUGCACAUGGAUUCUUAUACCACUUCAAACGGUUACAGCAUGCAGUAUUUAUAAUCUUUUUAUUCUAGACAUGUCUAGAAGAGCUCUCUACAUAGUAGACCAAACUCCUAAACCUGAUCUUUACAAGAUUCAACCACUAAAAAAAUAUACAAACAAAAUUCAAAGGGUUUCCACUGUCCUAAAUGAAGUCAUGAAGGUUUCAUGCCCUUGGUGGCGAGAUGAUUUAAUCCUCUUUGACCAUAGAGUUGCAGAAGUCAACCAAUUUGAGUUAGAUGGGGACUUAUCUGGUUAUAAUGUUCUACUUGCCAUGCAUGCGUGGAAUGGUAAAAGGAUAGAAACAUCCAUUUGCAAUAAUGUGAGUAUUAACCUUUGUAAAUAAUUAUUCUUUUUUCACCUUAUAUAUUUGUUUAACUAUAGCUAUAUAUGUGUAUAAAAAUUUGACAGGAUAAUUAUGAAGUGAGGAAGCAUAUAUUGCUACACCUACUCACAUAUACCGGGAACAAAAAUAUAGCCAACAUACCGAAAGGUGUUCGAGAUCACCUUGAACGCUAUAUUAGUCUCACAAGCAAAAAACAAUGAAUUGUUUCUUAUUUUUUCUCUAUCAGUGUGAAGUUAAUA